AUGAAAAGAAAGCCUGAAUAUGAAUUCGCUAGGAACCAGUUUCCUCCACAGAUUCCUACUAUGUUUGACUAUGGUAUGUCCACUCCGGUUGAUGAUACAAAAAGACCAAGGAAGAACCAGAACCUUCCUAAGAAGAUAACAUCUGUUGUUGAAUUGGAUGGUGAAUUCGAUGAAUUGCGUAAAUUGAUACUAAAGGAAAAGAUGUCUGCCACGUUGAGAAACAAUUUGAAGCAUUUGGAGUCUGAACAGCUUAAAGUAUUUCAAUUUUUAUUUGUGUCGGAGAAGCUACGGGUGUAUUAUUCUCGGGACACAUCAUUGUUUUGUACUUUGGCCGAUGCAAUGACUGUGCUUCCAAACCAACAUCUGUCUGCCCCAUUCAUUAACAUGUAUCUGUACGAGUUGAGUAAAAAACAGAGACCAGGGAAUAUUAGGCAAUUAUAUUUGCCUACAUAUUUCCACAAUCUCGUUCAUGGAGAGGGAAAUCACUGUGAGUCCCCUGAGAGGUUUACAAAAAACUGGGAAAAUGCAACUGCUUCAUACCUUCCUGAGAAAGUUUUACAUGAAAACAUUGAGAAGAUUUACAUCCCUAUUAACAACGAUAAACACUGGUAUCUCCUUGUGAUUGAUAUGACCAAGACCACUAACUAUGUUAUUGACUCUCUUGGUUCAUUGAGCAUUCCUAAUCUGGCAAAAGCACAAAGAGUUAUUCAAAAAGCUGCAGAAAUUUAUACAAAUGAUAAUAUGGUUAAGGAUUAUGUAAAGAAGGCAAACAAAUUUGGUUACUCCUCUGUGACUGUUAACCCACAAAGUAAUAGUUAUGAUUGCGGGAUGUUCUUGCUGAAGUAUAUUGAGGUCGAAAAUGUUCCCCAAGGAUGGACGAACUUGUCUAUCUCGGCUGCGGAGAUGCGGAGGGAAAGGAUAACAUAUUUUGUAAAUCUUUUCUUGAGCGAUGGCAAUGACGCUGAGUUGAAGAUAAAAGCUUGCCGUUUUAUGAAAGAGGAAGACGAGUAGAGGAAUUUUUCCAUCUUAACGGCGUGAUAUAAUUCGAGCUAUUUUUUCCCAUUUGUAGGACAAUUGAUAAUUUUAGAUGUCUUCAAUACAGGAUUUUGUUAAGGUUUAUUUAUUUAAAUCAUGAAAGUCAUUAUGCCUU